UUGGAGUUAUUGUAGAAACCAGUGGAAGACUUGGAUCCAUAUACAAUUGCCCUGAAGUAAAUGAGUUUGUGUGCUAUGCCAGACCCGUGCUGGGACCAACGCACAAAGUAAGGGAAAGGUGCACUGCUCAACAAACUAACCAACCUGCUCAGAGAGAUAGGAUGCCACACCUGCAAAGGGAGCCUACCUUCUUGGGGUAAUGUUGCUCUGAAAGUUGGGCUGUAGUAUAAAAGGCCAUAACAAGGAGGAUAGUUUUUGAAUUGCUUAAGAGUUACUAUCCACAAAGUAUGGCUUCGAUUUUAUCUGCUUCCAAUAAAUCCAUGAGAUCUGACGGGAAUACAUAUGUUGGAAAAAGGUUUGUUCAUGUUAAAAAUCCUUACCUGGAUUCUAUGGAUGAAGACAUUCUCUAUCAUUUGGAUUUAGGAACAAAAACACACGACCUACCAGCAAUGUUUGGGGAUGUAAAGUUUGUCUGCGUUGGCGGGAGCCCCAAGAGAAUGAAAGCGUUUGCGCUGUUUAUGCAAAAGGAGCUCAGAUUGGAGGAAAGUAGAGAGGACAUAAAGGACAUCUGUGCUGGGACAGACAGAUACUGUAUGUACAAAAUCGGCCCUGUGCUCUCCAUCAGUCAUGGCAUGGGCAUCCCUUCCAUUUCUAUCAUGCUUCAUGAACUCAUCAAAUUACUGCACCAUGCCCAGUGCUGUGACGUGACCAUUAUCCGAAUUGGUACAUCAGGGGGAAUAGGGAUCACACCGGGGUCUGUUGUAAUAACAGAUACAGCUGUAGACUCCUUCUUUAAGCCGCGGUUUGAACAGAUAAUCUUGGACAACAUCGUCACCCGAAGCACUGAACUUGACAAGGCACUGGCUGAAGAACUAUUCAACUAUAGCAAAGAAAUCCCCAACUUCCCAUCCCUUAUUGGACAUACAAUGUGUACCUAUGAUUUUUAUGAAGGCCAGGGUCGACUAGAUGGAGCACUGUGCUCCUUUUCCAGAGAAAAAAAGGUGGAUUACUUGAAGAGGGCAUAUAAAGCUGGCAUCAGGAACAUUGAAAUGGAAUCUACAGUAUUUGCGGCCAUGUGUAGACUUUGUGGUCUAAAAGCUGCUGUGGUCUGUGUGACACUUCUGGACAGACUUGAAUGUGACCAGAUCAACUUGCCCCGUGAUGUUCUGGAAGAGUUCCAGCAACGGCCUCAGCUCUUAAUCUCCAGAUUCAUCAAAAAGAGGCUUGGACUUCAUGACCAAAGAUCAUAACGGGGCUCCCCAGUCCUUCCCUGCAAGUUUGUAUUUCAAGGCGUAAUGUUGAUGUCGUGUAUUAUUUGUGGCAUUUUCAUAUAGUUCUCUUCCACAUGCUAAAAUCCACAUGCUAAAAUUUAUAAGAGUGAUCUUGUAAAACCCCCUUCUCUUAGAAAAAUGAAUUUAUCAUAAAAGAAUUUAAUACGCAUAUUAAAUUAAAUUCAAAUUUCAUUUUUGAAUCCAUUAUCCAUUAACAAAGUCAGUCUCAUAACUAAACAUUUAAAAAUCCUGGAUGGUGACAUUUGGAGUUUAACAUACAGCAUUAAUUAAGCUCACAUCAAAAUAGAUCAGGUUACCAGUCACUCUGUUUCUGAAACCAAUCCAGAAAUUCAUGUUAGAACAGUGUCAGGCGCUUCUAGGUGUUGGACAAGUGACAGAAAUUGAUCAUGCACAUUCAAAAUAUUUACAGAAAAAAGUGUCAGUGCAAUGUAGGUCUGUAUGAAAAAAGCUACCCUUUGGGAAACAUGACCAUACUUUUUCCCCCUGCAUGAUUUCCGUGCAUUACAGAAUAGGAUUAGAGGCUUCUGUUUGCCUAUGUUUGUGAUUUUAUCACAGAAUAUAAUCAUACACUUAUUUUUCGAAUGAAAACCCUCAGUAAUGCAAAGAAAGGUUUCCAGAUUUCUUCAGAAAUCACAAGUGAUUAAAUCGCCUCUGGCAAUUUCUUUUCUUUUAAGGAAACUCAUUUUAAGGAGAUUGUAUUUUUUAAAAAUUUCAUUUCAAUAUUAACCUAAUAGGUUGAGGAAUUAAUAACAACUGAAUUUGGAAUUGAGUUGAAGAUGUUAAAGUCAACAUUUUGUGUGACUUUGAAGCAGGUGUUGCCUGUACCCUGAUUACACCUCUUAGCAGUUAUCAGUUAAUGCUGCCUGGGUGUGUGUGUGUGUGGGGGGGGUGUUCCUGAAGCUGACACACGUAGGAGUUGAGAAGUAGCAUUUGUACAGUAUGUCAUGUUGUGUAUGUAUAUUUAUAUGGUUGUGGCUCAAGUAAAGUUUAAUUUAAACCAUGAUAAAGAUUAUUUCCAUCCUUUCAAUCAAUGACAAUGAACAAUCCUGAGAGGUGCAUCAGUUGGGAAACGUCUUUUGGCAAUAGAUAUUCUUGGAGUGCAAUUUUUUAGGUACCCUAAUAACUGACCAUUAAAUACAAAUACAGAUCAGAGCUAAAGUAACUUAGAAUAACAUUGCAGUCAUUAAUGAGGUUUUCACUUUGUUUGAUAUUUUUUUAGACCAGGGAGAAAGUACUUCAGAAUGCUCUCCAUAAGCCUUCAAACUCCUGAAGUUUGAACUUUAGUCUGUUUGCUCCUGGAAAAUCUUCUUUAUUUUCUUUUUUAUUGAGAGAAGAAGAUGCGAUGAGAGAGACAGGAUAAUGGAAUAACUGCAGUUAACGGUCCUCUCAACUCUUGACUGGGGGUGUGAGUAUGCCUGUGCAUGUGUGCACCUGCAUGUUUGUGUAUGUGUGUUUUCCCCACUAAUAUUUCCUAUCACAGUAAAUGGUAUCAGCUGUAUAAGCCAGAAACCUGGGAAACUUCUCUGACAUUUCUCCUGCAUUCCCACUGCAAUCAAUCACCAACUCCUACUAACUGAUUCUCUUAAAUAUUUCUCCAUUUGUCCACCAAUGAAAAGACUGCCUGGUCCUCAAGCCAGAUUCCUCCCAGUCUCCCGCAGGACUCACUCUCGCCCUUUGAAGUAUUCAUCACAGCUUGCAAUUAGGUUGUGGUUAGGGUCACUUAAUUAAUGUCUAGUCUCUAGACUGUAAGGUUAAUAAAGACAAAGACUGUACCUGUUUUGUUUGCUGCUGUACCCCAAGCAUCCUAACAGUGUCUGUCACAUACAAGAUGUUCAAUAAAUAUUUGUUAAAUGAA